AUGCCCGCCCAAGAAGCUGAUCAAGACGCACAUGAUAGUGAUGACGCCACCGCGACAGCCAGCUCGCCGCCGCCGGACAACACGCUCCUUCUCAUGCCGGCAUGGGGCUCAUCCGGUGGUAUCAGUGGCGUCAAGAUCGUCACUGUCGUCCCGGGCAACUCAGCCAGGCAGCUGCCGGCGGUCAUGGCCUCGUACAUUGUCAUCGAUGGCAUGACUGGUGCUCAUGUGGCUCUGCUCGACGGUGCCGUGCUGACUGCUCGUCGGACCGCGGCUGUUGGUGCGCUUGGCGCUAGCCUCCUCGCCCGUCCCGACUCGACCAAGCUGCUCAUCGUCGGCGCGGGCGCUGUCGCCUCGCAACUGCCGUACGCCUACGCCGCCGCCAUGCCCUCCAUCAACCAUGUCACCGUCUACAACCGCUCGCAAGAGAAGGCUCAGCUCCUAGUCGACCAGCUCAUUGCCGACGGCUUUGACGCCGUCGUCGCUACCGAGCUUGAGACCGCCGUCCGGAGCGCCGACAUCAUCUCGUGCGCCACUCUCGCCCGCGAGCCCAUCAUCCUCGGCGAGUGGCUCGCCCCGGGCCAGCACCUCGAUCUCAUCGGCUCGUUUACGCCACACAUGCGCGAGGCCGACGACGUUGCUGUCUCCAAAGCAGAGGUAUACGUCGACGUCUCCGAGGCACUGGCCGAGUCUGGCGACAUUGCUUCGCCCAUCACUGCCGGCGUCCUCGCGCCCGACGACGUCCGCGGCACCCUCGCCUCGCUCUGCUCCGCCGACCAGCGCCCGCCGCGCGAGCCCUCGCACAUCACCCUCUUCAAGUCGGUCGGCUCCGCUAUCUCGGACCUGGCCUGCGCCGGUGUCGCUGUCCCUGCGCCCGAGCCGUAG